UGAACUGUCUGCGGACAAAAAAACCCGGAGUUACAAAGUCUAGCGUUGGUUUGGGGAAUUUUUUAAAUUUUUUUAUUUUUAGAGCAUCGGAUGCACAAAAUCAAAACAAUAAUUACUAGUUUAACUUUUUUUGUGUGUGUAUCUCUUUGUUUAUCUAGGAGGUUUCUUAUUGGUACUUUUCUAUCAUUUAGGCUUUAUUAUUAUUAUUAUUUUUAAAAGAUGUGGACGUUCCUGGGAGUCGCAGCCUUCACAUAUAUAUCCAAAAAAUCUAACCUAAUCUUGAAUUUCGCUUUCAAAGAGCUCAUUAUGGCCGCAGUUUUAUUUCUUGCAGCCGGGCUGCUACUCGCAUAUAUCAGGUUUGCUUAUGGCCACAAGCUCACAGUCUCCCGGGUAAUUAAAUUACCUUUCAGUCUCUUGUCUUUUUUACCUGCUAUCGACCACUUAAUCCCUAAAACCGCAACAUGGUGGAGCAAGAAGGCAGAUAAAAACUGUAAAAAGAGUUGUAGAACAAGAAAAAGAGUGGAAACAAAGAGCUCUGCCUCAGCUUGUGGCUCCUCUGUUGCCCCAGAGCCAGAUGUGGUGAUAGUUGGGGCAGGUGUCUUGGGCUCAGCAAUGGCAGCUGUCCUGGCCAGGGAUGGCAGGAAGGUGACGGUGGUGGAGAGGGACCUGAAGGAGCCUGACAGGAUAGUGGGAGAGCUGCUGCAGCCCGGAGGUUACAGAGCUCUCAGAGAGUUGGGGCUGGAAGACUCAGCGGAGGGUCUGGAUGCCCAUCUGAUAAAAGGCUAUGUGAUCCAUGACAUAGCGAGCGGUACAGAGGUGGAGAUCCCUUACCCCGAGAAGGAGGGAAGCAUCCAGUGCGGACGCGCUUUCCAUCACGGUCGAUUCAUUAUGGGCCUGAGAAGAGCCGCCAUGGCUGAGCCAAAUGUCACGUUUAUAGAAGGCACAGUGACCAGUUUGCAGGAGGAGGAUGGCUGUGUUACCGGAGUCCAGUACAAAGAUAAAGAAAGUGGAGACAUCAAGGAGAUCUGUGCAGCUCUCACCGUGGUGGCUGACGGCUGUUUCUCCAAAUUCAGAAAGAAUCUGGUCCCUGGGAAAUCUCGCAUUUCCUCUUACUUUGUCGGAUGCUUGAUGAAGGACUGUCCCCAGUUUAAAUCCAACCAUGCAGAGCUGGUGCUAGCCCACCCCAGCCCAGUUCUCAUCUACCAGAUCUCCUCCUCUCACACCAGGGUGCUUGUAGACAUCAGAGGGGAAAUGCCUCGAAACCUUCCAGAGUACAUGGCUGAGAAAAUCCACCCACAGCUGCCAGAACAUUUAAAGGAGUCUUUCAUGGAGGCGCUUCAGAACGAUCGACUCCGGUCCAUGCCAGCCAGCUUCCUCCCUCCCUCUCCUGUCAACAAGCCAGGCGUGCUUCUCCUGGGUGAUGCUUACAACAUGAGGCAUCCUCUGACGGGAGGAGGGAUGAGCGUUGCUCUCAAUGACGUUCGGAUCUGGAGAAUUCUGCUCAAGAAGAUUCCAGAUCUAUAUGAUGAGGCAGCCUUACUACAGGCAAAGAAAAAAUUCCACUGGGAACGCAAGUCAUCACAUUCCUUUGUAGUGAAUAUUUUGGCCCAGGCCCUGUACGAACUGUUUGCAGCCACAGACAAUUCCCUUCAUGAGCUAAGGAAGGCCUGUUUCCAGUACUUUAAGCUUGGUGGGCAGUGCAUCAGUGGGCCUAUUGGACUCCUCUCAGUGUUGACACCCAAGCCCAUGACCCUUAUUGGACACUUCUUUGCUGUGGCGCUGUAUGCCGUCUACUUCAACUUCAAGGCUGAAUCAUGGAGCACCAAACCCAGGGCGAUAUUUAAGAGUGGAGUCAUCCUGUACCGAGCCUGCACAGUCAUGUUUCCACUCAUUUACUCUGAAUUCAAGUACCUUGUCUACUAGACCGCACAUCUGGAUGUAAAGUUUGAACUCUGCGUGUGUGUAUGGGGUCUUAAAAAGAUUCCUGUUGGAAACCCACACUUCAAACCAUCUGUUGACUUUUGAGGAUAUUUUUACAGACUUUCCCUCCUAAUGCCUUAAUCUCUAUAAAUAUUACAUCAUUCCAAGAGAUAUACUUGAACAACAAAGUUGUUUUCAGUUACAUCUUCAUGAAUUAUACACUAUUGUCAUUGAACACGCUUUAUUAUGGCCUUAUUAUGCAGAAGUGCCUUAAUGGCGUCCUGUUCUCACCUACAACAGUGCCCUGUCUGCUGAAGGCUUAGGAAGAGGAAAACACUGUUUCUGUUGUUUUUUUUUUCUUGUUGCAUUCCUACGGGAAUCCCCUUUAAUGAAUUCAUUUUUAAAUUUGAGGCACAUAUUAAGAUAAGAAGCAGCAUCAUCUUUGCAUCGUAUUUUUCAGGGUAUUCUUUGCCUGUUUUGCUGAGUAAAAUGUCAGAAUUUCUCUAUUUGAGUAAGUUAAACAUUUUCUGUCCUUUAUUUAAUUUUUUUUCCAGGAAAUUGUCUCUGAACAGUCUUAAUCCUGCUGGAUACCAGUAAAGUUCUGAUAUACACUCACUGG